UUCAUCACUAAAAGAUGUCCUCUGAUGAUAAUGUGGUAGUAUUGGUCGUAGAGUCAGAAGUUGAUAAGUAUGGAGAGGAGAUCUCCCCUACUCUAGACAAACUACUACCACAAAAAGCUACCUUAAUAUACGGACAUAGGUUGGAGGACUUCACGAGGCAGAUGCCUCAGUUACCUGCUCACAACAGGUGUAUGGUCCUAUGGGCAGCGGGAGAUCCUCGUGUCGUGGCUAGUCUCUUCCAACAUUAUGGUAUGGAUAAGCUGUCCUGGGUUCACUCCCUCUCAGCUGGUGUCGACAGCCUCGUCCCUGUUCUCGUGUCCGAUAAUCUUGCAGAUAAGAUAACUCUUACCAACGCCCGAGGUGCUUUCUCUAAGAGCUUGGCUGAAUACUCUCUUAUGUGUAUGUUGCAUUUCAAUAAGAAAGUUCCUAUGCUACAAAGACUUCAGAAAGAUAAGGUAUGGCGUAAAUUCAGAAUGCCCGUUUUAAGAGGGAAGACUGUUGGAUUCGUUGGUUUCGGCAGUAUAGCACAAGAGACUGCUAAAGUGUGCAGACCCCUUGGGAUGAGGAUACUUGCAUUACGUAGUCGUAUAGAUGAUGGCCCUGGUAGUGAUUUAGCAGAUGAGGUACUCAAUAGUGGAGUACUUGAACAGAAGAACAAGUUGUUCCGUGAAUCGGACUUUGUCAUAUGCUCCCUCCCUGGUACGCCGAGUACUCGACACUUUUGUGGUUCUCACGAAUUUGCAUUAAUGCGUCCAACAUCAGUAUUCAUAUCAAUCGGUAGGGGAGUAUGUGUAGAUGAGGUGGCACUGUACAAAGCCCUGAGCACUCCUCAUCGUGGUCCAGCAUCAG